AUGGAAUUCAAGUGCGUUCUUGUUGGAGAUAAUUGUGUUGGUAAAAAUAAACUUGCUGCAAUUUGUGCAGGCAUAAUUGCCCCAGGAGAAAUCCCACCAACUGCUGUUCAGGAUCAAAAAGUCUCUAUUAGUGUUGAUGGUGUUAUGAAUACUAUAAAUAUAAUUUCUACUGAGGGUUCUGAAGAAUAUGCACGAUUAAGACCAUUAUCAUAUCCAGCUACUGAUGUUUUUAUUGUUUUAUUUUCUAUAACUGAUGCUGACUCAUAUAAUCACGUAGAAAAACUAUGGAAACCUGAAAUUAAAGAAUAA